GGGGAAACCCAUUUCACUUGCUCUCAUUCUCUCUCUCUUCUCUUGUCUACUGCCAUGUAAGACGUGUCUUUCACCUUCUGCCAUGAUUGUGAGGCCUCCCCAGCCACGUGGAACUGAGUGUCAGCCGUGACCCUUAUGAUGGAUGAGAAGAGGUAUCAUGCCUUUUCCACCCCUACACCUGGAAGGAAGGUUCUGCAGAGAGUUCAUGGGAGACGAUAUGUGGAAUGUAAUCAGAGCAUACCUCUUAAUACUUAAGAGCCUUUGCAGGGAGAUCUCUCUUCCCAUCUCCUUCCUGGAAGACAGAAGCCUUGUGCGAGCCCCUUGUGUGAUGUCACCCCAGCUAGGGCCACCGGACGUUGGUCCUCAGCAGGGAGACUUUGGGUCCUCCACCAGGACCCAGGGCUGACCUGCAUGGCCAGGCCCCAUGGCCUGGGUAGAACCUUGUUUCAGCUCCAGUGGCACAAAUUGCUUUCGUAAUAACAGGAAAAAACGAUCAAUGAACCUUCAUUUAAGAAAAAACACAGCGUUCUCAUGGGAACCAAGAAGACAAGCCCUUAAUGCAAAGUGUAUUCAGAGAGAAGAAAACAAGAAAAGCAGAGACGAUUGGAUUACAGCAAUUGCUCUUAUAACUCCUCUCCGCCCACCCCCUCGAUGAGAAGCUGGUUUGAAGGACUGAGUAUCAAAUCCCUACUGAGCUCUGAGGUUCCAGGUGUGGAUGGAGUGUGGGGUCCAUGUGUGUGUCAGUGUGUGUGGGUGUGAUUGUGUGAGCAACUGGGUGUGUAAGGUUCAGGCCCAGUCGGCUUGUCCAGACGCCAGGCCUGAGAUGCCCUGAGGGUGCUAAGAGGGGUAGAGAGACACCAAAGGAACACAGGCUUCGAAACGAGGCAGAAUUGAGUUGGAGUCCCAACCCCACCAACCUCAUCUCUCUUCACUCUUCAGGCAGCAUAGAAAACAAUGCCUGCCUCUUGCCAGGCGUCCUCAUGGAAGUGACAUCAUCUUUAAACGUGUGUGGCAAUCCCUGACGCACCGCCGUGAUGCCCAGGGAAGACAGGGUGACCUGGAGACCCAACUACUUCCUUAAGAUCAUCCAGCUAUUGGAUGAUUAUCUGAAAUGUUUCAUCGUGGGAGCAGACAAUGUGGGCUCCAAGCAGAUGCAGCAGAUCCGCAUGUCCCUCUGCAGGAAGGAAGUGGUGCUGAUGGGCAAGAACGCCAUGACGCGCAAGGCCAUCCGAGGGCACCUGGAAAACAGCCCAGCUCUGGAGAAACUGCUGCCUCGCAUCCGGGGGAAUGUGGGCUUUGUGUUCACCAAGGAGGACCUCACUGAGAUCAGGGACAUGCUGCUGGCCAAUAAGGUGCCAGCUGCCACCCGUGCUGGUGCCAUUACCCCAUGUGAAGUCACGGUGCCAGCCCAGAAUACUGGUCUGGACCCCGAGAAGACCUCCUUUUUCCAGGCUUUAGGUAUCACCACUAAAAUCUCCAGGGGCGCCAUUGAAAUCCUGAGUGAUGUGCAGCUGAUCAAGACGGGAGACAAAGUGGGAGCCAGUGAAGCCACACUGCUGACCAUGCUCAACAUCUCCCCCUUGUCCUCUGGGCUGCUCAUCCAGCAGGUGUUCGACAACGGCAGCAUCUACAACCCUGAAGUGCUUGACAUCACAGAGGAAACUCUGUAUUCUCGCUUCCUGGAGGGUGUCCUCAAUGUUGCCAGUGUCUGUCCGCAGAUCCACUACCCAACUGUUGCAUCAGUGCCCCAUUCUAUCAUUGACGGGUACAAACGAGUCCUGGCCUUGUCUGUGGAGACUGAUGACACCUUCCUGCUUGCUGAAAAGGUCAAGGCCUUCUUGGCUGAUCCAUCUGCCUUUGUGGCUGCAGCCCCUGUGGCCGCUGCCACCACAGCUGCUCCUGCUGCUGCUGCUGCUGUAGCCCCAGCUAAAGUUGAAGCCAAGGAAGAGUCGGAGGGAGGAGUCGGACGAGGAUAUGGGAUUUGGUCUGUUUGACUAAUCACCAAAAAGCAACCAACUUAGCCAGCUUUAUUUGCAAAACAAGGAAAUAAAGGCUUACUUCUUUAAAAAAAAAAAAAAAGAAAAGAAAAAAAGAAGAAAGAAAGAAAGAAAGAAAGAAAAGAAAAAAAAUAAAACAACACUUGCUCCCACGGUUGUGACAGUGGGGUUUAAAGAAAAUGAGCAGGCGCCGGGCGCGGUGGCUCAAGCCUGUAAUCCCAGCACUUUGGGAGGCCGAGGCGGGCAGACCACGAGGUCAGGAGAUCGAGACCAUCCUGGCUAGCACUGUGAAACCCCAUCUGUACUAAAAAUACAAAAAAUUAGCCGGGCGUGGUGGCGGGCACCUGUAGUCCCAGCUGCUCGGGAGGCUGAGGCAGGAGAAUGGCAUGAACCCAGGAGGCAGAGCUUGCAAUGAGCCGAGAUCGCGCCACUGCACUCCAGCCUGGGUGACUGAGCCAGACUCCGUCUCAAAAAAAAAAAAAAAAAAAAAAAAAAAAAAAAAAAAAAAAAAAAGAAAGAAAAAGAAAAAGAAAA